AUGGUUACUUUGUAUGUACAUAUACAAUUGUGUUGUACGACUUCUCUUCUUCGUGGAGAUGCUUUUGACACCGCGAAGAAGUGUGGUGAAAGAUUGAAGUACAGGAAUAUCGUUGCAUCAUCUCUUUUACAGGAUCAAUGGAAGACGGGAAAUAGUACCGAUAUGUAG